ACACCCGGGGCCCCGGCCUGGUGCCCCCUGCAGGCGGGAGGCCGCGCUGUCACCAUGGCAACCGGCCGGCUCGGCUUGCGGCGGGGGUGGCUCCGGGCUAAGCCGGUAGCGGCGGCAGCGCCGGGCCCACAGAGCCAGCCGGGGCCCGCUGCAGGACGAUGGCUUCUAUCACCGAGCGCACCUUCAUUGCCAUCAAGCCUGAUGGGGUCCAGAGGGGUCUGGUGGGAGAGAUCAUCAAGCGGUUUGAACAGAAAGGCUUCAAACUGGUGGCCAUGAAAUUAAUACACGCCUCUGAAGAACUUCUGAGGGAGCACUACAUUGACCUGAAGGACCGGCCAUUCUACGAUGGCCUGGUGCAGUACAUGCACUCCGGCCCUGUGGUAGCCAUGGUGUGGGAAGGUCUUAAUGUGAUUAAGACAGGAAGAGUGAUGCUGGGGGAAACUAAUCCAUUCGAUUCAAAGCCUGGCACUAUCCGUGGUGACCUCUGUGUUCAGGUUGGAAGGAACAUCAUUCAUGGAAGUGAUUCUGUUGAAAGUGCUGAGACAGAGAUCAAUUUAUGGUUUGCUCCUGAGGAACUGGUUGAUUACCGAAGCUGUGCUCAUGAAUGGAUCUAUGAAUAAAACCAAGGCUGCUCCUGCUGAUAUCCUCACUGCCUGUGAGGAGCUGCCAGCCUGUAGCUACUGCAGAGCCCCUCAUAUACACGGGUAGAAACCUGCCUCAGAAACCUGCGAGAUCGCUUGGUUGUGAAUAUUAAAUAUAGCCAGUGUUUGCUGCUGCUUUGGUUAAAAAGCUGCCAGGUUAGAGAUGGAAAUAUACUUUGAAAAAGAUGCUUCUGAGGGUGAGAGGUGUGAUAUUAAAACACAGAGCAUAUAAUACAUGUGUUUUUUUUUCAAAAAUACUCUGUAGACAAAAGGGGUAUUUUGGUAAAUAGGAAAAAAAAAGGUAAUAAUUUAUUGGGUAAAUAAAUA